AUGAUGAAUCAGGACACCAACGCAAACAAGCAUCGCUUGAAAGUAACGGCAGGCGCAGACUACGACCCCAAAACUCACCACCAAGUGGUACCUGUAAAUGGCCAGACAAUCCGAAUCGAGAACGAGCACGCUAUUGUGAGUCUCUGCGUACGAAUCAAAGAUUACACAGGCUAUCCCGAAAGUUCACCAUCCACAAGCCCAUAUUUCGACCACCCUCUGCAUGAAAAAGAUUUAUAUUCCAUAUGCUUCUCAAUAAUUUUCAAAGAGCCGGUGAACGGCAACAACCUCUUUUUUGGCAAUGACUUCGAUCAUCCAAUCCGCGACAUCCUGCCUCCAGGAUUCAAUGCAGCGCUACGGAUAGUCAAAUGGACCCUUGACCCUAGCCUAGACGGCGAUGUCUACGCUGAUGAGCCGUAUCUGUACAGCCCGGCAUUGGCAUCAUGGGACCAGUUUCGCAUUGGCGAUAAAAUGUGGAAAACAGACGACGUGCCAAUGCUCCAUGAUGAGAUCAUUGAAGAAGGUUCUUAUAGCGACGAUGCUGCCAGUUUGCGUCGGCAAUUUAAUAUCCCCGAUACAGUCGAGGGGCGUAGAAAGCAUUUCCAGGAUGAGGCUAAUAGAAAGGAGUUUACCUUUGAGCCUGGGAGGAUGUAUGCUGUUGAUUUUGGAAAUCCUUAUUUGGCAUUCAAUGAUUUCUCUGUUCGUCUUCCUGGAUUCACUCUACCUAUCAUGAAGUAUGUGGAUGAGAAGAACCAUCAGCUGCGAUAUACACUCAAGGAUAUUACAACCGGAAGGGUGUAUCUUGCUGUAGUAUUCUCGGUGGUCCUAGGCGAAACGGAUGGCAAGGAAGACAACAGCAAGAGCGGGCAACGUGACGAGAAUCUAGGGAAGUUUGACUGGGAGGCAGAGCCAUCGUCUGGCGAUGUUGAGUGA